UGAGUUAUUUCCCUUCAGUGAUUUAUUUAAUAAUAAACAACAUUCCUCAUCGGAAACUAACAAUUAUUCUUCACCGGCAACUACAGUUAUCUCCCUUGUGUAUGUCAUCCCUGAUCUCGUCAAAUGUUAUCCAUCUCUAAGUAGGAAAACAGCAACAUAUCAUCACAAUGAGGAUAACAGUUGUUGUAUGUGCUCUACAUCGUGGGCCAUUGAUCAAGAGACUCUGGAAAACUCGUGGCAGAUUUGUGGAACCACAGAGAGUCAUACCAAAACCGUUAUUAAAAUCUAAUGUAGAGAUCAUAGACCCAUGUGCGAAGCCAAAGUUACCUCCAUGGGAACCUCCUGUGAAAGAUGACAUCAGAUGGUGGAAGCCACCUCCUCUGGAAGAGCAGGACAACUAUCAUAAAGACCCCAUGUACUUGUACUUUCAGAAAUGUCGGCUUCUGGAAGGUUUGAAGCAAGCACGGAUUCUUACCAAGUGUGCACAAUUCCCAGGAUUUCCUCCUGAUUUGAAAGAGAAAAUUGGUAAAGUAACAAUUCCAAACCAGGACCUUCUAGUACAACGUAACAUAAUGUUCUCUCAAGUCUGGCACAGCAACUAUAAAAAGCUACCGAAAAGAAUUGACAAAUCGAAACCCGGUUUUAAAUUCUCACGUGAAUAUGGCAUCCCCGGUUUACAGGCCUCGCAAUUAUUGUUAUCUAACCUGCUACGUCUGUGUAAUACUCAGACCAAAAUCUUUCCUGACAUUCUCACCGAUUACCAACUUGUCAAGAGCUCUUUUCUUCGUAGCCACAUAACAUAUGAUAACAAACUCAUCCAAAUAGUUGGUAACAGUGAAGCCCUGCUGCUCUCUAAACAGCCAUUGCCGAAUUUUGCCUCCAAUGACGUUAUUGAAGCCAGUGCAAAUGCCGCUCUUCCGGACAUCUAUCCAGUCUCUCCAAUGAUUGACAUUCCUAAGAUGCACAUCUAUAGAACUGAUGAAACCAGUGGUUUCCACAGCGGAGAAUCUAAUGACCUCCAGUAUUACCCCCACACUCUGUUCAUCACAUACAACAAUAGAUGGAAUUGUAGCCAAAACUGUGCCCGCUCUUUGCUCUAUUUGACUGGCUAUGCUGUUAAUGAAGCAAAACGACGAUUUGGGGCGAAUGUUCGACAGUUACCUGAGCCAAUCAAUUUGCAGUGUGUUAAUAUGAAUGACUCCACCUUUAAUUUUCUCUUUCUCCAACUGAACACACUAGACUUCCAAACUGCUGAUGGCAUUAAGAAUUUGCUGUGGUGUGACCCACACAAUCUUUUGUUCUAUAAAAAAUUUCGGCAACCUUGGCUGGGUAAGUCUAGCCGCAAAAACAAAUACCUUGACUAUAAUGCUGAAGUCUUUCAGAAAUUCCUCGCUGUGUAUCUCAAUGGAAUGCAACAGAAUGUUUGAACAAGCUUGAGUACUGUUUGUAACCCAGUGCUCGCUUUUUCUUGUCAAGUUUGGACUGCCUUGCCUUAUUAUUCUAUGCUGUUCUGUUGAGGACUGACACUUUUCCAUACCUUCCACCACAAUAUUCAAGAAAGUAGAAGCAAGAUGAGAGGAUGGUGGCAGAGGUUCGUUUUUGAAGCAACAAAAGAGAUUUUAAACCAGAUGUUAGAAAAUACAUUAAACAGACUAUAAGCUUUUAUACUAUUAACCUUACUGUUAGAGAUGAGAUUUUAAAAAUAAUUAUAUUUACAAUUUGAUUGGUUUAAUCUCUGAUUGCCAACUGUUGUCUUAGUUUUGAAUGUGUACAUAGUCAAGAUUAAGACUGAAUUUGAGUUAAGAGCCUCAGUUUCUAAAUUAGUUGGUAUUCAUUUAUAACACACUUGAUGAUGGUCAAAUAUCAACAAAAUCAAAAUGUAGUGUAGAUGUGAAUAUGAAAAAUCACAACUCAUUUCAACAUCAUCAUCAACAUUUAACAUCUAUUUUAUAGGCUGGUGUUAAGAAAUUAUUGGAAAUGUUAAAAAGCAGUCAAAUAUGUGACAAUAUGUUAAAUACGUGUUAUAAAAAAGGGUUUUGAAAUCAUUGCAAAAAUGUGAAACAAAUGUUUGAAAAACAUGAAAUGCUUUUACAAGGAUGUGAAGCUGAUGCUUGCCAGAGAUAUUGAAUAAGGAUUUGGAAAAGAUGCUCUACAGCUGUUUCUAAGCAGACAAUGAAACAUUAAACAGAGAUCAAGUUUGUUCAACAGAUGUAUAUUUUCAUAUUACAUGAAAGAGGCAGUUAACAGAGUUGACUUUUUGUUCCUUUUUUUUUUUUAGAAUAAAUUAAUUAGAUUAAAAUAUGAAGAAAAAACAACAAACAU